AUGGUGUCAGUAAUUAACACGGUGGACACCUCCCACGAGGACAUGAUUCAUGAUGCCCAGAUGGACUACUAUGGCACCCGCCUCGCAACCUGCUCAUCAGACAGGUCCGUCAAAAUCUUUGAUGUACGCAACGGCGGGCAGAUCCUCAUCGCAGACCUCAGGGGUCAUGAAGGACCAGUGUGGCAAGUGGCCUGGGCCCACCCCAUGUAUGGCAAUAUCCUGGCCUCCUGCUCCUAUGACCGGAAAGUGAUUAUCUGGAAAGAGGAAAACGGCACCUGGGAGAAGACGCACGAGCACACGGGACACGACUCCUCAGUAAAUUCUGUGUGCUGGGCCCCCCAUGACUACGGCCUCAUCCUGGCCUGUGGGAGCUCCGAUGGAGCCAUCUCCCUGCUCACCUACACCGGGGAGGGCCAGUGGGACGUGAAGAAGAUCAACAAUGCUCACACUAUUGGCUGCAAUGCCGUCAGCUGGGCCCCUGCUGUCGUGCCUGGAAGCCUCAUAGACCAGCCAUCCGGACAGAAGCCCAACUACAUCAAGAAAUUUGCCUCAGGCGGCUGUGACAACCUCAUCAAGCUGUGGAAGGAGGAAGAGGAUGGUCAGUGGAAGGAGGAACAGAAGUUGGAAGCACACAGUGACUGGGUUCGAGACGUGGCCUGGGCCCCUUCCAUUGGUCUACCCACCAGCACCAUCGCCAGCUGUUCCCAGGAUGGCCGUGUCUUCGUUUGGACCUGUGACGAUGCCUCAAGCAACACGUGGUCUCCCAAACUCCUGCACAAAUUCAAUGAUGUUGUGUGGCACGUGAGCUGGUCCAUCACAGCCAACAUCCUGGCCGUCUCGGGUGGAGAUAAUAAGGUGACCCUGUGGAAGGAGUCCGUCGACGGGCAGUGGGUGUGCAUCAGUGAUGUCAACAAGGGCCAAGGCUCCGUGUCUGCUUCGGUCACAGAGGGCCAGCAGAAUGAGCAGUGA